AUGGAACACGGGCAUGGCCCGUACAGCAACCACACACCCACGUCCGUCGUUACACUCGAUCCCAGGGACUCGCUGUAUCGUUUGAGCACUGCCAUGGACAACGGUACAGAUCCUACGGUCCAACAGGUGCGUAACAACACUGUUGUGCCUACUGCGAUUAACUAUAGUCUAGAUAAAAAUAGAUUAGGUUAGGUCCGUCUAGAUUUCAAACGAAGAUUUCGAGUACAUUUUUCUUUUUUCUUUUAUCGAACAUUAAAUAAAUUGGUGGGAUUCAUAUUUUAAGGAGAAAUGUCACUUACGUUGUACAUUCGAAUUUGGAGUAUUUUCGUGUUCAGUGUGCAUUCGAGUUAGGCGUCAAAUCGAAAACGCCAUUAGCGAGUGAUAAUAAAAUAAACGCGAGCAUUCUGUAUAUAAAAAAAAAAAAAAACAUUAAAUUUCCUCUUCCGGCUAUUUAUUACAUAAUAUAAUACUCAUACUGUAAAUAAAUAUCGUGCAUCUUUUUCAUUUUAUUUUUUUUUUUUUACUUUUCAAAUGUUCUUUCGAAAUACAACGAUACCGUCAUAUGCGUUUUGUGAGUUUUUCUUUUGUAUUACACUUGGAUCCUUAAGUAGGACUGCAGUAUUUAUAUAAUUUUAUAUAAAAAUUAAUUAUAAUAAUAUUAUCUUUGUCAACUAAACGAAUUAUAUUAAAUGUGAGUUUCAUUAACUGUAUUAUUACGGUAAACACACGAUUGAAACAAUACAAAUUAUAUUGCAUUUGGUGUGUUAACAGAUAUAAAAAAAAAAAAUUACAGCGGAAGGGGAUGUUAUAUAUUAUAUUUUUCGGUAUUAUCAAGGUGGGCAAUGGAUGUUUAUUUUGUUUUAUCCCUCCCGCCUACGAUGUAUAUUAUAAAUUAUAAUAGAUGGAAGGGAAAAGACUCAAUAACCUGCAAUAAUAAUUAAACCGGGGUAACACCCUAUGCAAUCCAAUUGAAAUCAAGUUAACAUUUUUCCUGUAAAAAUAACAUCUCUAAAUAAUGUUAUCUUAUCUUAAAUAAAGUUUUAACCUAAAAUUUAAAUUUAUGUUGGUUUUUCAAUAUUAAUCGUAUAAAUAUUUAAUUAUUAUUUCUAAAAUUUUUUUUAAAGAGAUAUUUUUAUAAGAGACACCCGUAUUUUAUCUAAGAGAUAUUUUCACAGGAAAUAUUGUUUAACGCACAUAUAGGUAUUUUGAUUGGUCACCAUGAAAUCCGCUCUCAAAGCUAAUCGUCUGUAUAUUGAAAUCUCAACAUAAUAAUAUAAAGGUACGAACUUCAUAUACAUUUUUUAUUUUUUUUUUUUGACAUUUCAAUAUUUCGACGUAAGAACGUAUUUAAUCAAUAUAAUAAUACAUGAAUAAAUCUAUAAUACGACUGUAUGUGAUCUACCGACUUGGUCAGUAUAACUGUAUAAUAACUUCGAAUUUAUUAUAAUCGUAGUUUAUAGUGUUAUUACAGUUAACAUCUUUUACUUCACCGUACGUUUUUGACGAAGAACGAUGAUGCGUUCAGUAUUAAAAUGACUGACUCAUUGAACUUACAACAAAAUCGUAAAUAUUUAAUAAACUUGCGCACUUUCCAAAAAACGAAUUUGUCUGGGUACGUCUCUGAAAAUGUAUUAUUCAACAACUGUGGCGCUGGUGGCGUUAUAUAACUGAGUCGCGGUAAAUUUUAAAUGAUUUCCUAUUAUAUCACGGAGUUCCGUAUACACAAAUCCCGGUGAAAUAUUCCGAGAAAGAAAGACUAUACGAAUAUAAUACAACGUCCGGCACCUACCGCACAGUAAACGGAAACACAAAAUAAUAACUCAUCAAAAGUAUAAUUUCACCGCAUUUGUAUUACUUUAUACCUUUUCUAAUUAUUAAUAUUAUUAUUGUACACGCCGUGGUACAAAAGUUCUACGAUAAAAUAUUUUUCUUCGACUUCUUUAAACCAAGUUACGCUAUCUUUCUGAUUUUUUAUCAACUAGGUAUUAUUCUGUCCACGGUCCUGUAGAUUUCAUUUUAUUUCCAUUUUAUGUCGGAGAUAACGUACUGAAAUGACACGCUGUAAUAAAGCCCUCAACAUUUCCAUUGGUUUUAUCCGACGAAUAUGCUAAGAAUCCAAAUUACAUUCCUCACUAAUAUUUUUGUUCAUUAGUUCAUUCAAUGAUUGAAUACUAAGUUCUGUUAUUUGGGCUCCACGUCUAUUCAGAGUAGUGACAUAGCACAUUAAAAAUGGAUUUUAUUAAUUCAAAUUCCAGAUUAUUUAAAAAAAUCUAAAAUCCAACAUCCAAAUGUAUUUAUGAUUAAUAAAUUAAGUAAUAUGGUAUCUCCAUAUUAUAGGUAGUAUUAAUAAAUGAUACAGAUUCAAAUUUUUUAAUAUAACUAGUUAGUAGAGAAUAAAAUAAUAGAUAACAUGAGUUGAAUAUAAAUUAAUAAUAGAUAAUUAACUAUCAUUUAUACAUUUUAUUACAACAAAAAUUAGUUUUAUGAAAUAGUCAACAAACUAAGUAACAAAUAAGGAGUAUUUAAAAAAAAAUGAAUAAUAGCUACCAGAAAAAAAAAUAUAAACUAAUUCAAAUUAUCAAAGUAAUUUACAUUAUAGAUUUAAUAUUUAUUAAACACAAACAUUUUACCUGGAAUAAUCAUAGAUCAAUGUAUAAACAGUACCACCACAGAAGGUAUAAAGUUUUCCCAAUCAUGGCUGACAGUUCGUUGAUCUACACUGUACGUAUUUACAUUUUUGGUUUUCUGGGGCACUGUGAUUUAGAAUCUUUUCACAACGAUAAUUUUGGUGAUAAGCAAGAAAAUCAAAAAAAAAAAAUCAUAUCUAAAUCGUAUAUAAAAUCGGAAUACCCGUGAAAAUUGUUCCCAUUACUCUAUUUAAAAUCACUAAAAUAUUUGACUUUUUUUCAUCAAAAUAUUAUUAUCAUUACAGGUGACCGGUGACGUCAUGAUGGACUGGUCCGAUUACGUUUCAGUGGCGCUGAAAACUUCGGUGAUGGCCAUUAUUAUACUGACCUCGAUCGGCGGCAACCUGCUGGUAAUCGUAUCGGUAGCCCGGCAUCCCCGGCUCCGGGUCAUCACCAACUACUUCGUUGUAUCGCUGGCAUUCGCCGACAUGCUAGUGGCAAUCGUAGCGAUGACGUUCAACGCCAGCAAACAGAUCAGUGGCAAAUGGAUGUUUGGCUACUUCAUGUGCGAUGUCUGGAACUCGAGUGACGUUUACUUCUCCACCGCGUCCAUAUUGCACUUGUGCUGCAUAAGCGUUGACCGGUACUACGCCAUCGUCAAGCCGCUCAAGUACCCAGUGCUGGUCACCAAGCGGCUGGUGGCAUUUCUGCUACUAGUCACCUGGGUGGCGCCGGGCAUCAUAGCGUUCGUGCCCAUAUUCUACGGAUGGUACACAACCGACGAGUACCUGACCUUCCGGAUGGAACAUCCGGACGACUGUGACUGGGUGGUGAGUAAAAAGAAAAAAACAAAAUACUUUUUUUUCUGACCUGUCAUCAAAAUGUUCUCUUUCUCCCUCGCAUUUUUCGGAUAUUUUGUUUUCAAGACGUUUCUUAUUACAAUUAAUUUCAAUUUCAAAUUUUUAAAAUACAACGUGAAUUAUUCGUCUAAUUAUCCUGAUAUAUCGCAACACCCCAUAUAAUAUCGUCUAACCGUUAAAUAAUUAGGUUGGCGCAAUGCAAGAUUUAAAAUAUACAGGUUUCACAACGAGCUAUGUUACUUCUCACUGUGUUUAGUGAACUGUCCUCUUAAUACAGUGAUGAUAUCAUGCAAUUUUCUACCAGAAAUAUUAUUCCGAUUUACAAACGUAGCACUUUUUUCGAAUGGAAAUCUGACUGAAGAGAUAUUUUAAGGAAGUCAUCUUUUGAUUUUCUAAGAAGUUUUCCCAAUAUAUGGGAAAAACAUAAUAAAACCGGAAGAACGAGAAAAUAGAUACGAUGUCAAACAAAUAUUAUUAUAGAAAACGUUUAAUGUAAAUGCAAUUAUUUUACCAUAAUAUAACAUAUAUCAACACUAUCAAUUAGACUCCGCUCAGAAUAUUUGUUUUCUUUAGCAAUGGUUAAUCGUUUCUUACAGAUAUACAUUAAAUUCUAGUCUAUAUCCUACCUUCUCAACUUUCCACCUACAACAGUGGCUGCACCCAUCCUCCUUAUUCUAGGACAGUUUUUUUUUUUAAUAACAUGAACAAAUAAAAUAAAAUAACAGGAAAGGAAAUCUUUUAAGAGUUCUAAUACUAAAUAAUAUGUAAAGUUACUCUUGGCGUCAAUUAUUUUGAUUCCAGACACACCACAGUUUUCCUUAAACAAUCUGAAGAAUAUUUAAACGAUCUUUGUAUUUUUGUCCAAUCAGAAUCAAUCAAUGUUUUAUUAUUAGGAUUAUCUAAAUAAGCUUUAGAAAUUAUGAAAGCAAAUGAUUCGUACGCACAAAUAUCACUUACAAGGUACUUUUGGUUUCUAUCAACUAUAACUGAGGAAUCAUUACUAUUCUUUAACACAGAAUUCAAAAUUUCAUUACGUCUUAAAAUGAAAAUAUAAGUUUUCUGUCAAAAUUUCAAGGCACUGCGAAUAUUUUUAAUUGAAUUACAACAAAAAAAAAACAAAAUUGAAAAUAAUUAAAUUAUUAUUUUCGUACAUUUUCCGUUUUUCCGUACGUUUUUUUUGAUUUAUAAGUUUUUAAAUAAUUUAUACAUUUGAGGAUUGAAUUUACAAUUAUUAACAAUGAAUAAACAAUUGUUUACAAUUUGUCUGGAGUCUCGGUCAAAAAGAUCGAGCUACGUGAAUUCGGCCCUUUCAACUUAUUUUUGACUUAACGGCUGAGCGGGGCAUUUACAAAUUCAGGGGUUGAAUUUACAAUUAUUUACAAUGGAUCUACAAUUUUUUUUUAAAUUUGUCCGGAAGCAAUCGGCCAAAGUAGGGUCCAACUUUACGUACGUUAAAUUCUUUAUAAUACUUUAUUGUUUUACGUGUAUUAUUACAGAGCAAUGAUUACACAAUAAUAAAACAAUUUAAUAUUUGCCUUAUCUAACUCACCUAUCCAAUUAUUCAGAUGGAACCGUAGUUCCUCAAAAAAAUUGUUAUCACUCCACUGCAAUUUGAUUAGCACAAUAGUACACGAAUUUAUUUAAAAUAGUGUUAUUUCUCUGGCAAUUAUUAUAGGUUCGCAUUAUUAAAAUUUGAAACCAUAAUUAUUAGUGACAAAUACUAUAUUGAAUUUUAAGCUCAUCACUAUUAAAUACAGUUUUACGUUAUUAUUAGCGUUAUCAACUGUGGCUAAAAUGUUUGAUGAGUAUUUAUUAUUAAAGUAUAAAAAUAAUUGGGAAUUUAGCGAAACACUUUGUAGGCCACUAUGCUCAGAGGUCGUUAUCCAAACUGUGUAGUCUUAAAUAAUGGUAAAAUGCUAAAACAAUUUAGAUAGGAAACGGUGUUCGCAGUUUUUCACAUUAUCAACAAAAAAAAAAAAAAAUAAUAGUAAAACAUCGUUUAAAUAUAGUACCAAAUAUUAUUUUAUAAUUUUUUUUUUUACUUAAAUUUUAAAUUUCCAAACAGAACUAUUAUAUACUAAUAAACGUGGCUUUUAAUAUCAACGAAAACCGUAAAAAAAAAACAGGUUUGAUGUAGUGCUCGGAACUAUACUUCUAGACAGUCUUAUUAUUGAUAAAAUACCGAAAACAAAAUUAGACAAAACAAAAGAAUCACGUAACUAUACCUUCUCGCCAUUAUGAAACUACUAGAAUAUUAUAAAUGUGCUAGGCAAACAAUGUCCCGUGAAACGGCUUUGUGUCUUUUUGAAUUGUACGCAAAUUCGGUCCGCUCGGGUCUUUUGUUUAAGUAUUUUGAAUACAUGGUUUUAUGUAAAAAAAAAAAAAAAAUUAAAACUACUAAUUGCUUAAGUGAAACAUACAAAUUUUAAAUUUCCAUCAUUAUCGUUAGUGCAUUUGUAACUCGUAUUACGGUAAUUUGUUUCGUCCUAACAGGUAACAAUUUAUUAAAACUACGACAAAUCGAUUAGGUAUUUGUAAAAAAAAAAAAAAAAUUAUUUUUUGAUAAGUUAUUAUACACAUGCAUUCAUACGCACACAACUACAAUUAAUAAUAAAAAGACGGGCAUACUUCACAUUUGAGUGCAGUCACUGUUGUAGGUUGGAAGUUGGGAAGAAAGGAUACAGACGGGAAUUUAAUGUAUAUCUGUAAGCAACAAUUAAUCAUUGCAACGAAAAAACGAUUCUGAGCGGAGUUCAGUUAAUUGUGUUGCUUUGUCAACAAUAUAAAUGUCAUAUUAUGGUAUUAUAAUAACAUAUUUAUUAAACAUUUUCUUUAAUAAUAUUUGUUUAAUAUUGUACUCAUAUUCCCGUUCUCCUGUUUUUCCUCCGUUUUUCCCCGGGUUUUCCAAUAUAUUGAAAAAACCCCUAAGAAAAUCCAAAAUGACCUCCCUAAAGUACCACCCCAAUUAAAUUUCGUUUCAAAAAGUGUUACGCUUGUAAAUCAGAGCAAUUUUUCAGUUAGAAAAAAAUUCACAAAUAAAAUAAAAAAAAUUAAUUAAAUAUCAUUCUAAAACCAUAAGCUUGUUUGCUCCACUAGAAUCUAAAAUACACCUAUACAUUUUUUUUUAAGUUUCGGUUUUGUUUUUCAAUAGAAAUAUAAUUCAUUUAAUAAUAAAUUAUAGUUUGUUUUUAGAAAAAGAGAAUAUAAAAAAAAAAAAUACAAAUUAACUUAAUUUACCAGUAGUAAAUACGCGCGACAAUGAGAAAGUGUCAAUAAUAUUGGAUUGAAUUAUACUAUUAUUUAGAGAAAUACAAAUUAAUUUACAUUGAUUUGGAUACGCGAUUAUAAAUUGCUUAUAAUUAAUGAAUUGAUAAAUUGAUUAUAAUCUACUUUAUAUUCAUCGUGUUUAUCAUUUUGUCUACAUUGACAUUUCGUUUCGACGCGAAUUUCAUAAUCCUUUAAAAAAAAAGAUUUAAUGUAAUUAUUUUUUCAUAUAAAUAUUAAGGAUAUGCUAAAUUGUAUCCAACACGUAGGACGCAGGAAGUAAGAAACAUUAUAACGAAGCGCUUCCUACUAUACGAUAAAACAUGAUAAUAAUUUAUACGCGGAUUAGUUCUCCAGUUUGUUGGCCGCGUGUUAAACGAAUAAACUAAUUAAAAUUAAUAAUAACACAAUGCCGUUAUUAGGAUUUAUUGCACGCAUAGCAUAAUAAAAUCAGAGGCGAAACGGCCCUCGCUAGGCUAUACAAGAGUGGUUAAAGUGGGAAGAACAUCAAAAGGAGACAAUAGUUAUCAAAAAUUAUUACUUACUAAAGAACUAACUAAACCAAAAAAAAAAUCAAUAUUUUCUUUUCUGCAUUAUUCUGAUUAUGUAUAAUCCAAUAGUUUAAAAAAAAUAAAAAUAAAACUAAUAACUAUUGAAGAAUUUAUUUUUAAUAUAACUUAUUCGAGUUAUUAUAAAUGUUAUUAAAAAAACUUCAUACAACUAAAGCGUCCUCCUGACUUUAAAGACUUAAACGAGGGAUGCAUAAUUAUGACCUCCGAUGCAACGUUAUUUUUAAAAAUAUUUUUCGAAUAAAAUCUAUAGUUUUACAUAAUAUUUGGCUCGUUUUUUAAUCACCUAUUUUGUAAGCCUAUUUUUUUUUCUUUAUUCGUAUCUUCCCGUUUGUACUAACUAUAUACUAAACUAACUGUCCCUCUCCAAGUAGCUCCCAAUCAAUUUAAUUACGCCCCCCAUUUUUUCAACCGUUUAAAAAUUAGAAUGUUUAUAAAUUAUUUUCCAGUAUUGUGCGUUUGAAAGUAAAAAAAUAUGAACAGAAUUACUUAUAUAUUUAUAUACUUAACAAAUUACCAGCGCCCUCUUAAUUGAGCUUCAAAUCAGCCACUGGUGCCAGCCAUUCUUUAGCUGUAGAAUUUCGAGAUUCAUACGCUUCUAUAUAUACAUUUUCAGGACUCUACGUGCGAUAGAUCCGAUUGUAGAUUGCACACAGACGAACAUUUUUAUUAAAAUGAUUUUGAUGUCGACCGAACAUAUUUUUUCGAAAUACUUUUUACUGUGUUGUACUAAGUUUACUUUAAGGUAAACUGCAUAUGAUACACGCAUAUAUAGCAUCUAUCAUACGCAAAUCACAUUUGCAACCUGGCUACAUUUAGAAUUUUUCUCAGUUUUAUACAAACAUUUUUUAAAUAUAUGUGAAAUUUAACAAAAAAAAAUGGAGUGAACACGCUUAGUGAAUCACCCUGCGUGUGCAAACUCUUGAAUUAUACUAUUCUUAUAAAUAAAUAUUUGAUUUCAAAUCGGUGUAAUUACGAAACUGUUCAAUCUUUUUUCUUUAGAGCAUGAUCUGAGGCACGAUUAAAUACUCAUUAAAUCUGAAAACCCGUUGUACAACUAAUUAUGGAUGUACACAGUAACAAUGAUUUAUGAAGAUGAUUAGAGGUGAUGUAACGAAUCUCCAUCAAGUGCGAUAUAAUCUAUCUAGUAUCUGUGCUAAAUAAAUAAUCAAAUCUAGAUUUAGAAUUCAAAUUUAAUUAGUAAGAAAUACAACACUAUAUACCCAAGAUGUCAGGACCAGAGGUGACAUUAUUCCUAUUGGUGAAAUGGGUGCCCUUUAAAUUGUAUUAUUGUCUCCCUGAUAUCUGUGUACUGAUCGGUUUCUAUUAUUUUGCUCGUUGGUCUGUAGGUGAAUAAAAUGUACGCAAUCGUGUCUUCGUCCAUAUCGUUUUGGAUACCGUGCACAAUCAUGUUGUUCACGUACCACGCGAUAUUUAAAGAGGCAAACCGGCAGGAGAAGCAGAUCCAUGCGAGGAUCAGUUGCGGCCACCAGAUCAACUAUAACCGGGAGAUGGCCGAGAACCAGCUGCGGUCUAAUGGUUCGGCAAACGGCGGAACGUCGUCAAGAACCACACUGGCUCCAAACGACCACCACUCGACCCCGUCCCGGGACAACAGGAACAUCAUCAAGAUGAAACGAGAACACAAGGCGGCCAGGACGCUGGGAAUCAUCAUGGGCACGUUCAUCGUCUGUUGGCUGCCAUUUUUCCUCUGGUGAGUACCUACAGGCAUAUUAUAACGGCUGUAAUAUCUGACGAUAAUAUUUUCUGUCUGCGUAUUUUUCGGUAACUGGGCAGGUAUGUCCGAAAUGAAAAUAAAAUACCGAAUUUAUCGCGCGGGUUGCAUUCGGUUCUCGCUGCGCGUAAGUCGAAUCGGAUAAUUUAGUUUUAUGUCGACUUCCGACAGCGAAAAUCGCUUUCCUCUCCAAUUAUCGUGCAGAAUCCACUAUAUAGGUAUGCUAUAUAAUAAUAUCGACCGUAAUCAUUUACAAUACACCUAUAGGUACGUCGUAAUAUUACUGGCGAGUAUAAAUUCUACGUUAUUGGUGUUAUACCGAAUCAUCCCGUUCAUGUGUAUAGACGAAAAUUACACGAAAAUUCCCUCCCUCGUUUUCCGAUCUUCUAUAUUAUCACCGGAAACGAUGAAUUUUGUUGUUUAUCUCGGGCGACGGUUUGAAAAGACAAUCAAAAAAGACGUGUUGACCGAAUAAACGGCAAAUCGCAAUUAAAAACGAACGUCAAUUAUUAUAUUAUAAUUAUUAUUAUUAUUGUUCCGUCGAAUAAUAUUCGAAUUUAUUGUCUCGAGUAUUUUAAAAACACUUUUUUUUUUUUUUAAAUUUGAUUUCGUUAAUUUGUGUUUUGAUUCUAUAUAAUUUCUGUUUGCCCAAGCAAAUCGACAAUUUUCGAGUUUUUUUUCGCGAUGUAUAUUUUAGUCGCAACACAAAUAUAAUUAAGGAUUCAUUAACGAGAUUUUCAUCCCGCCCAAUCCCCGGUUCAACUGACGUUUUCGCAAAGUCGCUGCAAACAUUACAACGAAUAAUUAAUGUAAAUUUAUUUUAUUUUAUUUUUUAUCAUUCUGAACUGGACGAAAAAGAAGCCAUGAUAUAUUAUUUUUAUAUUUUAGAUUCUGCAUAGGCAUAACUAGAAAUGUUAUCAUCUCUGUAAAUUUUCCUAGUAAUUUUCAUGCAUUUAUUAUCAGUAUGUUUUUUACAGUUCUUAAAAAUGAGAAACCCUUUCAUUUCAAACAGUUUCGUAGAUCUAAAAAUAUUUGUUUAGGUACGAUUUAGUCUAUAUAAUACUGUAAUAGAUAAAUUUCUUGAAAAUUGAAUUUCUGUGGUCGUAAUUUUUUUAACAAAAAAGAUUUAAAUUAUAUUACAUUUUUAAUCAAAUCUAAAACUUUCUUAUUCUGUGAACAAUAUUACAUAGUUUUCAUUUUCUUAAAGAUUAGAAUUUAUCAAGUUCGAUUUAAAAAAAAAAAAUAAUAAUAAUAACAGGUAAUUAUACUCAAAGUUCAUUUCCAUUUAUUUUUAUUUCAUAUUUUUUUCAUAAUAUAUACUCGUAUUAAUAUAUUUAUCACAUGUUUAUUUUAUUUUUAAUAAAAAAAUCAACCGAAAUGUACAUACAUUUUACGGAUAAAUACGAUAUCUUUAAAAUAUAUAACAAAGUAGCUAUUCGUUUUUUUCUCAGAAUACUCCUUUACGGUUAGUAAAAAAAUGCUCGAAUUUUUUCAUGUUAUACGAAUUUUUCUACUAGUGAUACUUUAAUUGGACAUUAUUUUGGAAAUUCCUAAUUCCAAAAAUUAAAUUUUUUUGGUUAAAUACAAAUGAUCCAACUAUUUUAUGCAAUACCUUCAAAGAUGCAAAUUUUCUAUCCGCUCGUAUCUUGUUUAAAUAUUUGUCGACAUUUACAGUAGUUCACUAACUAGGUCUUUUUUUGUCGAUAUCUGCGUUAUUUUUUUAGCAACAAGACAAGAAAUACAUCUAUAUUGAUCCUUUUCUUUUUCACCCACCUAUUACAGUAUUUUAACUCAAUUUUUACAAUACAACCCUCCUAGUACCUUUGAACUACCACCAACACCUAAGUUGUGUGUAGCAAUUGCUACGCCUUAGCCAUAUACUAUAGACUUAUAGUAACAGUAUUUUUGCUAUAUAUUAUGUAUUAUGUAUUAUAUUUAGCUGAUACGAAUGUAAUUAAAAAAAAAAACGAUAUGGUGAUAUUUACCGACAGGCCAAGUAUAUAAGUUCGAAAAUUUCAAAUCGACGGGUCUUAACGAUUUACUCUAACACCUGUAUAUACUGUUUUUUAUGUUUAAUAUUAUUAUGAUUUAUUACAGCGCAUCAUCUUUUUCUUAUAUUAGAUUGACAGUGUAGCGAGAAAUAAAUAAUAUAUCACAAUUUUAUUAUGACGUGUUUUUAUGUUUGAUUAUUUUAAGUAAGAAUAUACAAUUUGUCUGGUAUCUCAACUAUGCUCCAAAAUUUUAUACAAGGAUCAUUAUAUAGGUAAUGUGUAUUUAUGGUACUAUACAAAUUUCGAAAAAUCGUAGUCACAAUUUUCCCCCAAAAAUAUUACAUUAAAAAAAAAUGUUGAUUUUUAACAAAUUAAUUCCCAGCAUAUGUUUUAUUAAAUUUCAAAAUUGACAACGAAUUUCGAUAUAUUAGUUUUAGUUUUGUCAUUCUAUAUCCCACACAAACAUACAUUUCAAACUUUCAAUAUAUUUUAGAAGCCAACCCUUUGUUUCGAAUAUACGUCUGACUUUUUUAUUUUAGAAAUGAUAAUAAUAUGAAAGUAUGUCUAUACAAUUUACACUAGACGGUAUAUAUAAAUAAAAAUAAACAUGGAAGCCAUAAACGGUGAGACGAUAAAAUAAUAUGUCUGUUUCCUUUACGUUAUGAAAAGCAUCGAAUGCUUUAACGUACAUUUUUUGACAUGAUUUGAUGUGAGAUGAACGGAAAACAACAAGAAACAAUCAGUUAGCGAAGUUGUCAGAGUGUUAGUUAUUAAUAUUUAAAAAACCGCAACAGCUACACAUUUAAAAAAAAAGAAUAGUUUGAAAUGAGACAAAUAUUGUAAAAAGAUUUUAAAAAAACUAUCCAAUGGACUUUAUAUUUACCAAUUUCAUUUCUAUUCGAUAAAGAAAUCCAUCUAUCGAAAUCGAGAACGGUCAUUUUUGAUUACUAUGGACAAACAAAAUAUGUAAUAGGUAGUCUUUGACGCUAUCACCUCGGGGAAAACAACACCACAUGAUGUGAUGUGUCCAAAAUAUAAUUUAUCUGGGUUAUAUUAUGAAAAAUACGUGAGUUUUUCGAUACCUAAUCAAGAUUUAUUAUUUAUUAAAAAAAAAAAAGUUUAAUACCCAGAUAAUCAAAUCUCGUUGGUACGAAAACUUUAACUUCAAUAUUUUGACUCGAAGCUAUAUUUUGUUAUUCGUUAGCAAAUACUAACAAUACCUAAAAUAUGAUUACAUUAUUUGUAUUUUUAAAUCCAAAAAAAGGUCAACGUAUUCUAUCUGACUGUAAUAUUAAAUUAUACUCAACUUAGACGCUAAACAAAUUUUGUUGACUUUUAGAUUCUGAGUGUAGCGAAGGGAUGCAUUGCUUUUACUAAGAUGUUUAUUUUUUUUUUUGUUUUAUACUGUGUACAAAAAUUAUUCUAUCAAAACUCUUACUCAGAUAUAAACGCGUGGCACUAUUUUUAAAAGAAAUUGUUUUCCAGAUGGUACUUUUGGGAGAUAAUUUUUUGAUUUUCCAUGUGGUUUUCAUAAUGUCUAAGAAAAAGCAGGAUAAAACGUAAGAAAAAUGGGAAAUUUACGAAAAUAAUGCUUUUAUUAUUUAUCAAUUUUGUUAUUUAAUUUAAUUUAGUGAAAAAUAUUCGUAGAGAAUUAAUAUUUGAACAAAAAACUUCUAUUUACCUUUUCUAUACGUGGUAAAUUUUCAAAAAAUUUAAGUUAUUUUUGAGGUAUUGAGAGUCAUUUUAUAUUUACAAAUUUGUAAAUAUUUACAAAUUAUUUUAUUAUAUUAUUAUAUAAUUAUUAUUUUAUAUUUUUGUUAUUUGUUGAAAUUUGGUUAAACAUAUUCUUAUCGACUCUAUGGACUUAAAAUUUAUAUUUACUUUUUCUAAACGUAGUAAAACUUUCAAAAAUUUAAGCCAUUUUUGAGAUAUUUAUAGACAUUUUAAUUUCGAUAGUUUUGUACUUAAUAUUUAUUCGGAAAGUACUUUGUAGUAAAAUUGCUAGACUUAAUAGAAAUGCUUUAAAAUUUAACAGGGGGUUUAUUAAGAGUUUUACUUUGUAGUAAAACAAAAAAAAUUGAAUUUAUUGUAGUAUUUUUUUUUUAUAAGGGAGUUUUAAUAUAAAAUUUUGACGAAAAUCGUUUGAGUAAAAACCUUAAUUUUAAAUUUUUUUUAAUAAAAUAAUUUAAAUAACUUUAUAUUGACACUCUUAAGGUAUAAUUAUCGAGAUAUCAUGGUUAUUUAUGCCUAUUAUCAUUCUAGAUGUUCCAAGUUCAAGCCACAUGCUGUAUCGGGAAAAAAAGUUUUGCAUUUUAUUUCCCCUUUUACCUAAACAAGGAAAAAACAAAUGCAUUUUAGAUGUACCUAGAGACCCAAGCCAUUACUUCCUCGGACUUUAUUCGCAUUAUCCCCCUCGAUUUAUCGUGCAAACAUUUCGAUCAGAAAUCUUGUUCCAAAUACUAUGUAUCAAGUGUAGUUUAUUUUCUAAAAGGAAAUAUUAUCUCCACGGAAAUUUAGAGAAAUCGUUUUUUUUCAUUUUUCAAGCAGUUUUCAUGAUAAAUGGUAAAGUCCGAAAUAAAAUUUCGGCAAAACGGAAAAUGUACGAAAUAUAUUAGUAAAAAAACAUUAAAGCCUUUUUUAUCUGUUGCACAACUUUUCUACCAGCAAUUUCUCUCCGAUUUAAAACGAUAGCACUUUUUUUGAAAGGAAAUCUGACUGAGAAAGUACUUUAGGGGGGUAGUUUUUUGAUUUUCCAGCAAAUGUGAAAAACAUAGGGAAACCGGAAAAUGAGAGAAAAUCGGUAGUAUGUUAAACAAAUAUUAUUAAAGAAAAUAAAUAAUGCUUAUUUAAUUAUUUUACCAUGAUACAAUAAAUAUAUAUUGUUAACUAAGCAUCACUACCUACUGAACUGCGCUCAGAAUUGUUUUUUCGUUUGCAAUGGUUUAUCGUUGUUUUUACAUAUACAUUAAAUUAUCUAUUACAGUAGCUGCACCCGUCUCCAUUAUCCUAGGACGUCUUUUUAUUAAUGUGUUACGUAAUAAUAUUGUAAUAUUUUCGAAUAAAAACUAAGCACUUUCAUGUCAAAGCUUCAAAUUGUUAAGUAAAAUCUAAAAGUUGAGUUGAAUUUCAAUGUGAUUUUCAUCGUUUUAUUUUAAGGGGAGUGUUAUUUCUAGCUUUAAACAUCCUUACAAAACCUAAAAUGAAGCUAGGGGACAAAAUUGUGUGUAUAUUAAUUGUGAGUAUCGAUAUAUUUAUAGGUAGUAUAUUAUUCAGUUUAUUUUAUUGUUUUAUGACGAAUAUUUUUCUAUAACAUAAAAAAGGCUAAAUAAAUUUGAUUCUAGUGACAAUUCUAUAAUUUUUUAUUUCUUCUACAUAGAAUAAUUCACAAUAACACAUUCCCUUAAGGACUGAAAUAAUAUUAUUAUGUAAAUAUAAAUAUUUUUAUAUUCGUUAAAAACGAAAUCACGUGCUUAGCAUAGAUUAAGUACUUGAAAAACUAUUGAUUUUUUAUUCAUUACAACCGUGUCAUUUAGAACGUCAUGAAAACUGCAAAAAUAUUUAGUUGAGUACUUACUUCAAAACGAACGAGUUAUAAAUAAUUUAUUAAAAUUACUGCCUAACUCGUAAAUAAUGCUAACGAAAAUUGUAUUAUAAUAUUAUUAUCUCAUAUUGUCCACUUGUCUAGUACUACAGUUCGUUUACUACCUGUAAUACUUCUUUUAUCAACAUAUUUUUGUUUAUUACUAUUUUAUGCUAAACUUUAAAGUAUGUUCUAGUAUUGUUUAUACAAAUUCUUCUCGGUAUAAAUACUCGCAAUAAGGAACGUUUAAACGGGUGUAAAAUUAAUUUACAUUUUUUUGUUUGUUUUUUUUUCUUUACUUCUAAUUUCAAAAAUAUUGUAUUUUACAUAACCGUGUUAUUGUUUAUAAUUUUUAGUACAUUUUUUUUUUCAAAAAUUUCAAUUCGAGCAUAAUAAUUAUGGCGAUUUAUGUUUUGUAAUUUUACUACCUAGGUAAACAACAAUUUAUUUUAUUGCAUAUGUAUUUCCUUUUUCAAUACAUUUCUAUUUAUAAAUAGUAAUUAUUCAUUUAAAUGUUCGUAUGACGACAAGAGGUAUAAGCAAAUAAUGAUAAUGUCGACAAUAUAGUGGUUCAAGGAAAAAUAUAUUUGAAAAAGUAUAUCAAUUUAGAUACCGCGGGUUACAAUAUCUGAAAAGUUAUCAUUUUGUUUAAUACAUAUUUAGACAACUUUUGGUUGGUUGAAACUUUUAUUUAGGUAUAGUGUUUUAUUUUCUAAAUUCUUUUGAAGAUUUUGCAUCUGUGAUUAUAAUUAUUGUGGUUUAAAAUCUAUUAUAAUAUUUGAUCAGUAGUCAGAGCACAUCAAAUCAGAAUAAGACUUCUUGUUUUCCAUGAAUUAAUAUCAAACAAUAGUGUUAUCAUGUUGUCCAUAUUUAGCCUGCACGACCGGUCAUACUCUUAACUCACCACGUGUAUAGGUAAGUAUACUACUACUUCCUAAUUUUACAUCCACUAACCUAUAAACAAUAAUAAUAUAGUGAAAGUAGCACAUUUUCUGAAAGGACAUUUUCUCUUCUUGUUACAAUGAUAAGGUCAUUUUUUAAUUUUCAAAGGGGUUUCAUAAUAAUGGGGAAAAUCCAAAAGGAAAUUAUAACUGGUGAAAUAGCGUUACCGAUUUCAUUGUUUUUAAUUUUUGCAAACUAUAUUUUCUACCAGAAAUAUUGGUUGCUACAAUCGAAAAAUAACAAUAUAUCGAUUUUGUUCUUUUUAAUAUUUAGCCACUGAAAAAGAAAGUCAUUUUUUUAUAUUCAAAGUAGUUUUCAUAUUAAUUGAGAUAACCCCUUCAAAAAAACGAAAAAUACGGUUUUUUCAACUUAUGGAACAACGAUUUCACUGUUUAAAAUUUGUUCGGCUAUAUUUGUCUACCGGAUAUCUUUAUCCAUGUUUAAAAAAAAAAAUAUUUUCUAAAAUAAAAAUAUUGUCUUGUUUCUGAAUAAGAGAAUUUUUAAUUAAUUUUCCGUAUAGAUUUCCUAAUAAUUACGAAACACUGGGAAUGAACGUAGGAAAUAUGGAAAAGUGUACGGCAUUUAGUUAUUUUGUUGUUAUUCGGUUAAAAAUUAUUGUAGAAAUUUGUAAUAUUUACAAAACAUUUAUAUUGACCUUUUAUAGACGUGGUCAAAUUUUCAAAACAUUUUAUCUAUUUUUAGGCUAUAUAAUUAUUUGAUACAUUAAUGUUUUAAUUUGUAUUUUUAUUUGGUAAAUAUCUGUUAUUAAAAUUAUACUACUUAAAAUAAAUGCUUGAAAAUUUAACAGAAGAUACAUUAUAAGUUUUACUAUUAGAGGUCGAAAAAACAAAUUUGAGUUUAACAUUUUUUUUUUUUUAUAAAAAUUUUUAUACCAAAUUUUGUCAAAAUCAUACAAAUUUUAGGAUUACAAAAUAUAUUUUACUGAAUUUCGCUCCGAAUUAUUUUUAAUUAUAAAUGGUUUAUCGUUGCGUACAGAUAUAAAUUAAAUAACUUAGUGUAUCCUAAUUUUUCAAUUUUCUAUUUCCCACUUACAACAGUGGUUGCAUCCGUCCCCAGUAUCAGGUCUUUUGUUAUUUUUGCAUUCAAUAAUACGGCAACACGCAGAUACGUUUGAAAACCUCUAGGAUACAUAGUUAUUAUUAUUAUUAUUUUUUUUUUUUUAUUUAAUAAAAGAUAAUGUACGUAAAAACAAUUUUUUCCUGAAAACAAACUGCUGCAUGUAGUAUGCACCCAUAUAACAUUCAAUAAAAUACAAGUACAUUACACUUUAUUAAAUAUGUGCAUUUUUGAUGUUAUUUUAUUUACAUUGUAAGUAUACCUAUGUAUGAUAUAUUAUUAUUGUAAAAUUGUAACUCCCGGCGGAUUACAUAUUUUUAUGUCUGAUAGGGUUUUUUUUUUAUAAGAUUCAUAAGAUGUAUAAGUAAUUUAGCUGCGUAUUUUUACGAACCGUAUAAUAUUUGUGUAUUAUUUUACGACGACGUAUAUUUUAGAUUUCGAGCCCAAUGAGGAAUAAAAUGGUUUUACUGUCUGUAAUACAGGUAUAUGUUGUUUUUCCACUUUUUGUCUGAGAACUAAUUUUCGACCAGAAGACUUGCUCCAAUUGAUUGAACUCUAUACAUAAAACAUAAACGUGUUUAUGAGUGUGACCAAUAUGACCAUGGUCAUAUCAGUGAUAUCAACUCAUGAUCAACGAGAUUUUUCAUUUUUGUGCCAUCAUGUCUCAGUUUAUGAUUACUAGUUCCAUUUAUUUUUGCACUGUCCAAGAACAAUCUUCGCUUCUCUAUCAUUUUAAGUACUAAGCUAGAAACAACGAGAAUUUAAAACUCGAUUUGUUUAUUUAUAUUAUUUUUUCGUGUGGCUAUUUGUUGAUAUUUAAUCGAAUGCUUACAACAUAAUAAUUAUUUUAUUCUUAAGAAUAGCUCAGGAUAAAUUUAGGGGAUGUUUUGAAUGGGAAGACUUAUAGAGACAUUUACGAUCCAUAAAAAACAACUACUAGACAAAUAUUUUAUUUUACAUUGUGAAUGGAUUGAAGAAGUUUAUAGUUAUACAAAGUUGUUUUUUUUUUUUUAUCUGUGAACAACUUUUUAACAAGAAAACUUGUUCAGAUUUGUGUAACACCUUUUCUUAAAGGAAAUCGGCGUGGAGAAAUAUUCCAAGAAGGUCAUUUUUUUGAUUUGCUCAGUUUUCUGAAUUUUCUCCUCAAAACUUGAAAAACUGAAAAAAUAACUGAGGAAAAAUGAGAAAUUAUAAGAAAUGUAGGUAAGUGUUAGUUAAAAUGUAUUACGGCCUUCUUUUUUCCUAUCAACAACUUUUCUACCAUUAGUUUUACUCAAAUGGGUAACGAUAGAAAAUUUUCUGAAAGGAAAUUUGACUGUAAAAAUACUUUAAAGUGGUAAUUGUUCGAUUUUCCUAGGAGUUUUUCCAGCAAAUAUGAAAAACCGGAAAAAACUUAUUGGAAAACUGGAAAAAAUAAAUAUUAUUAAAAAAUAGUAUAUAAUGUCUAUUUAAUUAUUUUACUAUAAAAUGAUAUAUAUUCUUGACAAAAUAGCAUUAUUAACUCAACUCCACUUGAAUCGUUUUUUCGUAAUCAAUAGUUUAUCGUUGCUUACAGGUAUGUAUUAAAUUAUCUAUAACAAUGGCUACAUUCGUCCUCAUUAUCCUAGGACAUAUUUUUUUAUUUAUUUUAUUUUUUUUAUUAAUUAUUUAAACCAUAUGACUCUCUAAAUCAACGCUUAUGGGGUUAACUUAAAUUCUUACUUAAUCUUUCAUGAUAUUUUUUUUUUUUUUGCCACAUCUGAAUGAAUUCUAGACACACUUAUGAUACGGGAGCUUUCUUGUAAAAUUUUAAAUCGGUAUAUCCAAUAUAGUUUGAAUCUAUACAUAAUAAAUAUAUUUUAUAUUUUUUGGAAUAAUCGUAGUAGAGACCUGGAAUUUCCUCUAGAUUUGUAAUAUUUAGUUGUAAUAGCAUUUUUUCUAGACUUUUUCUAAAUUUAAUAUAUUUUUUUUUUCCAUUUUCUGUGUGCCGAACAUAAUUUCUUAUUCAGAAAAUCGAUACAUUUUGUCAUUGGAAAUUUGUACUCACUGAACUUUUAACUUAGGUACUAUUGAAAAAUAAUUACGUUUUAGGUAAAUACACUUAAAAUUAAACGUUAAAAUUGAUUUAAAUUUUAUAGCAAAUUAAUUUUUUAUAUUAUUGUUAUUGAAACUUAAGAUAUUCAAAUUAAAUCUCUGGAGCUCUAAUGGAUGGGGUGACAAUAUUUUAUUACAUUUUGUAUUUUUAUGUAGGACAGUUAAAUUAUUAUCUCUUGACUGGAAAAACUUUGAAAACGCGAGCGCUGAAGAAAAUUUAAUUUUCACGAAUAACGUUUUAAAUUAAGUAAAUAAAUAUAUAAAUAAAAAAUGUAUACAUGAUAAUAAAAUUAAUUAAUUAAUGAAUGCGUCGUUUGGAGUAUUAUGAUAAGUGUAUUAUACGACCGGUUUCAAAUUAAAAAUUCAUCAUCAGGUAUAUCACAGUCAAAAUGUAAGUCGCGACGCAAUGAUUCAUUUAUUUAUUUUAUUAUUAUAUAUAAAUUUUGUAUUUAUAUAUUUAUUUACUUUAUUUAUUUACGAGUAUUAACCAUUUGAAUAAUUUUGUUUUUACUUUAUUAUUUUAUUAACAUUUUAAAAUAUUAAUAAUUUAUUGAUAACACGAAUUUACAGGGGCUUUUAGAUAUUUCCCUUACCACCCGUCGGUAUCAGUUAUAUGUCUUUCGCUUUUAACUUGAAAUGAGAUUAACAUUAUAAACACGAAACGAAAGAAUUUAAUUUUUAUAUCAAUCAGGAUAAUGGUGUUUUGAUUACGUACACUGCAGUACCAUAAAAGAACUAUAAAUAAAAAACAAACAAUUAUAAAAGUGUGUUUGUUUUAAUUGUUUGUUUUAUGCUUAACUUUGUGCAAGGCAACAUUAACAUGCUGUUUUCUGAACAAUUUAAUUUAUAAUUAUUGUAAUUUUUUUUUUUAUUGCUGAUAAAAAGAGUCAAUUAUUUUUAGUGUUGAAAUUAUUUGGAUACAAUAAACUGUAAAAGAUAAUAAAGAUAUAGGCAUUCUAUCUGUUAUCUAGAUAAAAUUAAAACAUCAUAAUAUCUAUGUGUUCUUAAUUUAUAGUAAAUACGUACAUAUUAAAUUUAUAUUAUCAUUUUUAAUCGAACUGAAAUUUGAUAAUAUCAAUAAAUAUGUCAUAAUAAUAUUAUAGUUAUUUUUAUUAUUCUUAUUAACUUUUCUACCAGAAAUUUUGUUCCGAUUAAAAAAUGUAUAGGAACUUUCUUAAGAACUUAUUUGAUCUAAUUGUUAUACUAAUGAAGCCAUUUUUUGAUAUUCUUUAUAGUUUCUUUAAUAUAUGGAAAAAACUGAAUAUUUUUAAUGUUAUCUUUUUUAAUUUCUUUCUAGUCAAAUUAAUUUUUAUAUUUAAAAAUGGUAUUACACAUGCAGACCUACUAUAGUACAAUACUUAUACAAUUUUAAAUAAUUUUGAAUCUGAAUUAUCUCUAAUUGUAUCUACUUAUGUUAUUAUUACAAUAAAUAUUCUACAUAUUAUCUUUUUAUGGUAUGGUAAAUUAAAAUUAUAUUUUGUCUUUUUAUUAGAUUAAUCUUUAGUCGUUAUCUUAAUAUUUUAUCUAAAUAGGAAUAUUGGUUAUCUUGCAGGUUAUUUGUAAUAGCUUGGAAACGGAUAUUUUUCCUACAUAUUACUAAACCAUAGAAAAUUCAAAAUAUAAUGUCUUUAUAAAAAAUAUAUUUUUAAUUUAUUCCAGUCAAAUAACGAGGAUCGCAUCAUAUCGAAAAGUCUUCUUUCCGAUAACAUAAACGCAGCUUCAUAUAUUAUAUCGAGUAAAUAGCUGUGUAUGUACUUGGAAUUUAAAAAUGAAUUUGUCAAUAUAAUCAUUUGAAAAAAUAAAAAAUAUUAAUACUAAUAUUAAUUUUAACGAGAAUGUAAUGUAGGUAAUGUAAUGGGUUUUUUUUUUUUUUUUAACGAUUUGGCGAUUUUCUAUUGGAUGACAUUAUUUAUCAAUUUUGAUAUUCGAAUUCAGUAAUAUUACAUAAUAUAUAAUAAUAUGUAAUCAUAUUAUUAUUAUACGUGAUUGCAAACAUAAAUCAAUUUAAAGUUUACACAAAUUAUAUAUAUCUAACCUAACCAUACAUACAUUUUUAUUUGUAGCAUAAUUUAAAAAAAAUCGUUUGGCCAAAAAGAGAAAAAAAUAUUAUUAUAUGUGUACUCUGUAUACACUUAUACACUUUAUCGUUCAUUAAAAAUCUUAUAUGAAGGAAUAAUAGUUGGUCCACAAAUAUUGUUUUCAUAAUUUUUUCCUUUUUUUAGAUUCUGAGUGGGGUGAGGAAUGUAUUGGUUUUACAAUGAUUUUUAUUUUUUUCCUGUGAACAAUUUUUCCAUUAGCAAUGUAGCUAUAAUUUUCAAUCAUAACACACUUUUUCUGUGAAGAAAUCUGAUUGGGAAGGUACUUUAAGGUGGUAAUUUUUUGAUAUUUCCAGCGUUCAUCCAAUGAAUGUGAAUAACCGGGAAAAAAGAAAGGUAUUGUUGACAAAGUAACAUUAUCAACUGAAUUCCGCUCAGAAUCAAUUUUUCGUUAGCAAUGGUUUAUCGUUGCUUACAGAUAUACAUUAAAUUCCUGUCUGUAUCAUACCUUCCCAACGACCCAUCUACAACAGUGGCUGCACCCACGUGCGAAGUAUGUCCGUCCUUUUUUAUAUAAUGAGCUUAAAUCUAAUUUAUUUUGUUUUUGUUUUUCGCAAAUACUUAUAACGCAUUACCCGAUUACCGUGUUAUUAUGGUAUUAUACCGAAUAUAAUAUACUGAGCGAAAUCUAAUAAGACCAUGCUAAAGGAACUGCCGAAUCUUUUUUGGGUUUUUUUUUUUCAAACGGGAACGACUGUAGGUCAUACGUGUACAUAAUACACUGCCUGUGCGUAGGUAUUUUUAUUCAGCUUAUUGGUUUAACAGUACGAAAACAACAAAAUAUAACAAUACGCAUACGUUCUAGUAAUGUUUUCUUUCUGUAAACGGACAUCGAAAUUAUAAUGUGGUAGAUAGAUAGGUAACCCGCAUUUGGUAGUGGUUUUAUUAAAACCCAGACGUCGUGCGUCGAUACGGGAAAAGUCUGCACAAAAUACGACCUGAGAAUCAUCGCAAAGUGCGAAAAACGUCUCUACAUUUAUGUCCCGUUGCCGACGAAGCUACUGUAGCUGUCAAAUUAAAGGCAGACAAAAGCGACUACAAUAUUAUAUUCGAUUCAAUGACAACGACGACGACAAUUAUUAACGGACAAUCGAGUUGAAUUUGCCAUCACGGCACGAAUAUUACAUUUGAAAAAAAAAAAACUGAUACCAGUAUUAGCUAUUUUUUUACUCUGGGGAUGGGAGUGACCACUAUUGUAGAUGAAAAGUUGGAAAGGUAGGAUACAUAAGCUUAUUUUAUUUGUAUCUGUAAGCAACGAUAAAUCAUUGCUUGAUGAAAGACGAUUACGAACGCAGUUCGGUAAUACAUAUUUUGAAUUGUAUUUAUUAUUUAUUUUUUUUUGUGAUUUUCGUUUAAAUUUGAUUUAAAAACACUUAUAAAAUAAAAAAGUUGUCCGAUGGUUUUGGAGAUUUUACCAAGUUUCAAGUCUCUAUAUGUAUUUAUAACCGAAUUACAGCAAAAAACUCCCAUAAAUUAAAAGCUCAAAAGUGACACAAAAGUUUUCGCGACGAUACCGUAAGGAAGUAAAUCAAAAAGCCAACAAAAAAGGUAACUCAUGAUUUGUCGAUUAAAUCAUUUUUUCUGGUAUAAAAUGUCGUUCGUGUUUUUAUAAAAUAAUGAAAUCGUGAAAUUGUACAUUUACUUACGUUUUUUCCAACUUAAGUGCUUUUAUUUAAAAAAUGGCAUCGAACGUCAAAAUGACUUCUUUAAAGUACCAUCCAGACAACUUGAGCUUUUAGAAAAGUUGCUACACGUAAAUAUCGGAGGAAGUUUACUAGGAAAAAACGUGUCAUAAAAAACAUCAUAAUAAAACCAAUAAGUUCACUCUCUACGCUAGGAAUCUAAAAAAAAUAUUACGUCCACGUCGUCGUGCAUUGUAUGAAACGAAUUUAAAUUUUUUAUAUGCAGGGCGAUUAUUUAUUAUUAUGGACUAGUGCUUUUAUUGAAGUAUUUUUAUAUGCGAAUUUGAUAUAUGUUUGUCUCCUUCCUCCAUCAUAAUUGAAUCGCUUUAUUUUGACACUUUUUUUUCAAAUUAACUACCUACUCUCUUUUAAACAUAAAUUCUUAUUGCACUUUCCUAAAUUUUUUUAUAUGUAUAAGUAAUACAAAAAUCUUGACCAAAGAAGUCAUAUGGUAUGACGUACCUCGAUGACCCAAUAUAAGUAUUAAUGUUAUUCAUAUCAAAAAAUUAAAAAAAAAAGUAUUAUUAAAAUCUGUGUUUAAAAAGGAAACUCAGAAAGGUUUUAAAAUCCCAAGUAUUAACAGAUACUUUUUAUAAAAUAUAAGGAGCAAUUUAAAAUAAUGUUAAAAAAUGUUUAGUGAUUCUACAAUGGUUGAACAAAGUAAAAAUCAAAAACAAAUUUACUUAGAACCUUACUAAAAAUAUUGGUAGAUCAUGUAAAAGAAUCAUCCUGUAUAUCUGUAGUACAAAACAGACUACAUUAAUUAACUCAUCGUUUACACUGCGGUGUACAAGAAUUAAUAAUCCCGGUUUACCGCUACUUCUGCAGCUCGCGCUAUACACGAGUAUUAUGUAAACAUUGAUCGAUAUUGUAGGGCUAAAUUUAUUAAUUGAACGCUGAGGAAAGUUAUGGUAUAAUAUUUUAAUACUAACAGCGUUUGGAUCAGAUAGGUAAACAAUUACCUAAGAUAGACCUAAAGAUAAAAGAUUAUUCAUAUAAAUUUAUCUACAUGAAGAUGAAAGAUAAAAACUCGAAAUGAAUCUAAAUAAAAAAAAAAAUCAUUUUUUUUUAUAUUACAAAAUAGAGCUAACUAGAAAAAUUGAUGGAUUUUUAAAAUUAAUUAAGAAAAAUUAACUCAAAAUUAAAAGAUAAUUAUAAAAAAAUUAGUAAAAUAUUUAUCUGUGGUACAUACGUAAAAAAUUCUUCAUAAUUGUUUUUAUCUUCUAAUUUUAUUCAACGAUGUUGCUAAUGCGUCGAUUUUAGUCCAUACAAAAAUAUUUGGCAAGAAUAAAAUAAUUAAGAAUAACAUAAUCUUUCUGUUAAGUAUUUCAGCGGCUUUGCCCCAACAACGGUUAUCUACACAAAUUAAAAUUCACACAUUGCCAUGUCGUGAAUUUGCAUGACCAUAAGCGGUAGAAUUAAAUUCGCUAGUUUCUUCCAACCAACUUUUUUCCCAUACAAUAUACAUAAUCGAUAAAAAAAGAUACCCACGGUUGGGUGAUCCUAACUAAUUAACAGGUUGAUAGAGAAGUAACGCACAGUCUAAACCACUGGGGUUAGAGAAUUAAAAUAUUCGCAGUAGGUAACUUUUAUAUCAUAGGAAUCUACUAAGGAAGGAAUUUUGAAAAUUCCACCCGUAAUGGAUAUUGGUGUUUUAGGAAUACAAAUUUAAUUUCAUUAGUUCGUUUAUUUGAUUACAUUGGUGAUAUUGAUAAUAAUUUGUUUUUUACGGACAAAAGAACACUAUCAUUAUUACUAUUAAAUUUUUUUUAGAAUAUUUUUAUAUAACUGACAAUAACGGUUAACUGUGAUAACUGACAUUGUUAAAAUAGGGAGUCACGGAGGGACUCGUUUUAAACAAAUUAAUGUUUUCGUUUUUUCAUUCAAGCGGCGAAUAUUUCUGGGAAGCUCGAAAUGCUCCAUAACUGCGAAAAGAGUAAAGGGGAUGGUUUGAUUACUGAAAUUAAAUAUUUAGGAAGCUUUUCAACGAGCAUUCAUUAUAAUUGAAAUGGAAUAGUUGGUUCCAGAGAAGGUUGAAAAGCUUCACAAUGUUGUGUCUCCGAUAGAUACUAAUUUGGAGUGUGAGUUUACACAAACAUAUGCCAAACCGUACAGACAUGUAAAAUGCACAUGGAUGAACUCAUGGAUAAAGUAACCGGUAAUAAAUAUGGUUAUAUUUUUUAUGUUAACCUGCUAAUUAAGCAGGCGGUAUUAAAAAACCUAUCUAACCUAAUGGAAUCUACUAAUAUAUAUACUAAUACAUUUGGUCCAAUAAAAUGGGUCUCAGGCAACUCUAGCUGGUAAUAGUAAUAUAAUGUACAAAAAAAAAUCUAAAAAUAUCCUAUACUAUUCAGUAAUCAUUAUUUGAAUGCAUUUUGUGCCCAUAGUAUUCUCUGAAUGUUCCUAUAUUAUAUAAUACAGUGAAUUCCGCUUAAUGUGGUCACUGGUUUAUAGAAUCAAUCGUUUAUUGGAAUCAAAAAUGAAAAUCCCAAAACCAAAUCUUUUGUUAUUAAUGUUCAAUUAACCUUUUAUUAGAAUCACUAAGUACCGGAUAAUUGAAUCACUUUUACGAACAUUCUUAUCGUUUUUUAUGAUAUUGUAUGUUUUUAUUAUGUAUUUAUAUUGUAUUUUUUAUUGUAUGAUCCAAAAGUUACAGGUACAAUGUACAUAUAUUAUUAUAUAUUUCAUUUUAAUUUCAGGCUAAUAUAAAAAUGAAAUUAGUAGAUUCUCAAGUAUAAUCAAAAAUAGACAGGUAGCUUCUUUAUUUUAUUUUAAGUUUACAUAUAAAUACAGAAUCAUAAAAAAAAAAAAAAAAAAUGUUUUAUGGAAUCAACCGGAUAUUAGAAUUAAAAUGACCUGAACCAAUGUGAUCACAUUAAGCGUAACCCACGUACGUUGUAUAUUUUAUUGAGAAAAAUAAAAUUCUGUUACUCUAAUAGGAUUUGAACCGUCGACCAUUUGAUCCCUAACGUUUCCUAACCUAAGGUGUUUUUUUCAUAUUUGAAAUGACAGCAGUGAAUUUAUGUGAAUAUUAAAUUAUUACUACACCACUACUGAUUAAAUCUAAUGCAUAAUCUAAUCAGCUAACUUAAGACCAACCCUAAUUUAUUUUAGAUUCUAAGUGUAGUGAAGAAGGUUAUGGUUUUACGAUGAUGUUUAUUUUUUUUUUGUCUUUGAACAACUUUUUCUAUCAGAUUUUUUGCUCUGGUUUUCAUGUAUAACUCUUUUUCUGAAAAUAAAUCUGAGGUGGUACUUUAGGAUGGACUUUUUUAAUUUUCUAAGGUUUUUCAUAAAAAAACGGAAAAACUUAGAAAAAAUGGGAAAAUAAACAAAAACUAUUAUUUUUAAAUCGUAAAUAUUACGGCUUUUCAAAACUUGUGUAACCAAACUGCGCUCAGAAUCUUUUUUCGUUAGCAAAGAUUAAUGGCUACGUAUAGAUACAUACGUAGAUCAUAUUUAGAUAUACAUUAAAUUUCUCCUCUACCUUCCCAACUUCUCACAUACGACAAUGGCCCACUCAUCGUGCUAAGUAUGGCCGUCUUUUUUAAACCAAUACUUCCUAGACCUUUCAAGGGAACCAGAAUUACAAAUUAAACGAAUAAGUAUAGUAUAUUAUAUAUAUAUACACAUUCUACUCAUUCUGGAAGAGUGGAAAGCUUUCCUGGCCCUUUGUGUCUUUUAGUUCGAUCUUCACCAAUAACCCAACUCACAGAUUUCGUUUGGGUGAUGCCUCUCACACGAAAUGUUUAAAAAUUGAGAACAAAAUACGAAGUACAAAUGAUAUAAUAUCGCCUUUAUACCUCUACCGAGUGACGACCGAUAACGAGACUUUCACGAUAAACUGUGUGACCGUUUCUCCACUAGCUUGCAGGGCGGCUCCGGUCGAUUAACUAUACAUAUACGUUUCAAUGGUGGUAUUUAUUUUUUUUUUUUUACCGACCCCGAUUUUUCGGCUUCCGCGUGUCGUAAAUUAUCGGCGAAACGCGAUCUCGAAACAAAAAAAAAUAAAAAAAUAACCACCAAACCAUAUCGUUUGAGACCAUUAAUUUCCAUUAAAACGCCAAAUACUCUCGUAAUAAUAAUAAUAAUAAUAAUAUAAUACCGUGUCGUACUACUAUCUCUAUAUUAUGUUAUCGUAUUGUACGCCGUUGUGUAAUCACACACGAGUAAGUUAAUCGGCGAACACGUCACAAUAAUAUUAUUACAAUAAUGGGCUCCCAUGUCUAUAGAUCGCGUGACAAUAUUAUUGAUAGUGGUCUGACAGAUAUAAUAAUAUAAUAUUAAUAAUGAUAAUAUAGUUUGACACGAUGUUAGUAUUAUUGAUAGCUGCCCUACACCGUGAUUUAUAGUCCGACACCGUUCCUAAUAUAUAAAAUAAAUCGCUGAUAAGCGGAAGGGGAACAUGAAUAAAUAUUAAAAUAUUUAAUAAAUAAAUCGAGUUUUUUUUAUCGAAUAAUUUUUUACUUCAAAAUUUUCACUCUGUCAGUGUUCGGAAAAUAUGCAUAGGUAACAAAUAUUUCUAUCCAAUACUUCAUCAUCUAUCUGAGCCUGUCACGCGGCCUUUUCUCUUGAAUGCUGUUUUUAUCGUGACACUUUCCAACGCAUGUAAUAUGACCUGUCUACUAAAUCUUCAUGACUUUUGAUAAAAAUAUUCACCCAUUGCAUGUCCAUAGAUUCAAUCAGCUCCUCAUUAUACCUUCGUCGCCAAUUUCCUGUGCCUGCAUCGAGUACCGGUCACAAACGUUUCUACAGACUUUAAUUUUAAAAAGCUUCAUCAAUUUGUUUUGGGAAUUUGUGUGUUUCGCAGUUGCGAAAUAGAAACAGUGUUUCCCUGUAUUUAAUUUGGCAUUUGAAAGAACCGUUGUAGUCCAAUUACGUAACAUUAGGUCAACGAUUACAAUACGCGCAAUUAGUGAGACAUCAUAGUAUGUGAUUCGAGCGUUUAAAUAAAAUAGCACGUGUUUUCAAUGGAUCUGUUAAAUCGUUCAGAUCCAAAUUAUCCGAUAAUUACUGAUAACAGACUGACUGUUAAGAGAAGUAUGACAUAGGCCCUAACCACGCGUACCUAUACGAUAUCGUUAUACCGCAUUGUAAUAAUAAUAUUACAUUAUUACUUAUAACAACAGUGUUUCCGGCCAUAAUAAUAUUAUUAUAAUAUCCGUACCGCGGUUUUAUGGGUGAGGAAAGGGGGGGUGGGGUGGUGGUGGAGAAAGGUUGACGGUCGCCUAUUGUGCGACGGCGAUCCAAACAAUAACCGCGAUGUUGUCUAAUAUAAUAAUAAUCGAUCGAUCGAAAUAAUAAUAAUAUUACGUUUCCGCGUCAGGAGCGCGGCAACAACGACAGUAUUAUAAUAUAGGUACCUAACCUAAAAUAAUUAAUGUGGCGAACGUAUUGUUAUAAUAUUAUUAUUAUUCGAACCGGGCGAGUCGUGUUAUUUCAUGACUGGAUCGGGUAACUCCUCCGAUGGCAAUAUAAUAGUAUGACUAUACUUUGAACGAUAAUAACGCUUCGUAAUCGUCCUACUUACAGCGGCGAUCCUGGAAAUCGGAAGUUAUUCUCUUGUUAUUUUUUGAACGAAAACAGAAAUAUAUCUUAAAAUGACCUAGCUGACUGGUACCUAACACAUAAAAAUUUACUCGGAAGAGAAACUACAAAAAUACUUUUUGUCGACAUUUCCCUGGAAAUAGAGACUAUGUAUAAUAUUGCACAUGAUGUAUAAAUGUGUCUGUUAUCUUUUUCCGCUACUUAUGAAUACUAUUCAAUAGUGGCUUCUUCUGAAUCCAAUAAUCUCGAACUCGGGAUUUUAAAUCUUUUACAGGCAGAUUGAAGCAAUUGAAAUAAGAUUUUAUCCAAAACUGGUAAAUCAUCGUAUCAUCAUUUUUUUUUUUUGAGUUUUUAUCUAUUAGAUUAAAACAAAAAGUAUAAUGAAUUCCUAUAAAAUGACUUCUCAAAUGCUUCAAGUAGAUCAAAAAUACUACUAGAAACAGUGGUUUAAGUGGGAAAAACUUCGAAGGAGAAUUAUAUUUACCGAAAACUGAAGAACGUUUCCGAGAACUAACGAAACUUAAUCAAACUUUUAGGAAACCUAUCGUGGAGACAAAACUUCUAAAAUGUUUUUCUCUCUUACAUAUAUUUAAUCUCAAAAAUGUUAUCCUAAAGAGUUUAAAAAUAAAAUUGCAUCUCCCUUAAAUAUCGUUCUACUUAUAUGUCUUUUAAAGCUGCAUCCACAACAAAAAAACAAUUAAAAAACGUUUGUCGAACGUUUGUUUAAUGUAGAAAUGUUACGAAAUCAAUUUGUUUGUCAAUAAUCCAAACAAAAGUGUUCGCAUACUAAGCGAACAUUUUGCAUGUAUGUUUGUACUAGUAUACCGAUGUACCUUUAAAUAAUUAUAAAUGUAAUUAUAAGUUAUUCAAAUAGUUUUAAAUGAUAAUACUUAUUAAAAAAUAUGUUAGUAUAAGUAAUAAAUUAAGUAUAAAGUAAUAUAUUUGAAUAUGAUUUUAUUAUCAUGAAUAUUAUCGCCAUUAAUUUUUUUACUUUUGGUAUUUUAUUCUUCUUACGCAUUAUAACAAAUGCGGCAGCAUCAAUGCAGCAUACAACUUGUUCUAAAUAUGACAUGGUCACAACUGUCUUGGAAAACACAUAGCAAAUAAUUAAAUUAUGAACAAAUGUCUGUGUAAUGAUAAAACGUUUGCGAAUGUUUGAAAAACGUUCAAUGAAUGUUUGACAGACAAUGUCUGUUAGGUGUAGAUGCAGCUUAAGUAAAAAUUAAGUGAAACGCUGUCUGAAUACGGAUAAUCUAAUCUUCUUUUUCCUAGGUUUCUGCCAUUCAAGAACAUACCUCUAAAUAUACAUCCUACCAUCUAUCUCUAUCUUCUGCUAAUUCUCAUCAAUAACUAUUUAGUUCCACUGUCUCAGUAUCUUUUUUGAUGAAAUCUAUCCAUCUUAAACGUUCUCUUCCUAGAGGUCUCUUUCCAACUGAGUUUUCUUCUAUUACUUUUCUAAUCGGAUAAUCUAAUAGUUAUUAAAUAAUUUGUUUUUAAUAAAGUUAAUUCGAGAUUUUAAAAUGUCAUUAAAAAUAUCUCAGUGAUAAUAACUAAAAUGCAUCCUCCUUUCCGAAUUUUGCAUACUUGAACUAAAAGGAAAUAAUAAUUUUAAAUUAAAUAAGAAAGGCUACUCCGUUUCCUUCCGUUUCUCUCUGUCUCUCACACUUUAACCACCAAUCAGAACCCCUCUUGAUUUUAUUUUAUUUUUGGAUCAAUUAUUCUGUCUGAAAUUUUAUCAACAGAAAGAAAGACAGACGUCAUUGUAAUUAAUUAAUUUCCUACAAAAAACAGUAUUGAUACUUCUUAUAGCACCCAAAUAGCGAACUAGGGUAAGUUUACGAAAAAUGUAAUCCAAAAUAUUUAAAACUUCUUUUGUACAUACAACUACACUAUCCCGUGAUUUACUCGGAAAGUUAUCAAAACGGCAAACCGUGUAUUUUUUUUUUAUCUAAACGACAUUUAAACGGCGUUUCCUGCACCUAAAUAUGCCAUUAUCACGCUCGGUUUGUAAUUUUAAACCCUAUUUGUAUCGGGAAACUAUAGGUACCUAACUCAUCCUGUUUAGGGAAACUCGGGGUCAAUAAAUGCAUAUUAACUUUUAUGCGCACGGCGAUAUAAUAACAAAUGUUUACCGUCAUCGUACCGCCGUUAUUCUGCUAGGUAAGUACCUACCUGCAGACAACACUCAAAAUCGAAGUGUUUGAAGAGGAUAAUGCGAUUUUCGAGUAUAGUUUUAUAGCGUUUAUCCGAUGAUGGUAAACGAAAAACCGAUCGAUUUUUAUCUCGGGGCAAAGGAAGUGAAAUAUUUCUUCCCGUUUUACCGAUGACUGAUCCGACUACCACAAGAAUAACAUUCAUGUAACUAACGUUAGCUUAAUUAUGCAAAUUCUUUCCGAGGAUUAGGAAUGUCGUAGCUCUUUCAACGAGUGUGAAUUUUCGGAAAUCUUGAAGGAUAUUUUUUUACCGUAAUUUAUAAAAAAUAAAUAAAUAAAACAGAUUUUUAAAUAUCAUAGUUAUACCAAUGAACUAAAAAGUAAAUAAUAAUGGAAAAUGCCUGUUAGUUUAAAAGGCUUGAAGUAACAUUACAAUAUUUCUUUUUUUAAAUAAUAUAUUUACCAUUCUUCUUCUUCUCCUUCGCCUUCAUUCCAGUAAUUUUGAGGUCGGCCGCUCUCGUCCUAAACUUCCACUUGACCCGAUCUCCCUCCUCGCGUACACCAGCUGUUCUCGUAUCCUAACUAAACCUGUAUUAAAUAUAAGCGAUAUAACCAUAACUGUAUAUUUUUAUGAAAAUUAACAAAAAAAAAAAAACGCGAACAUUUUGAAAGUUUUUUUCUUUGUACUGUUACAUAGUAUUAUACACGCCAUUUGUUAAACUAAUUUAAAAUUAAGGUACAAUAUUUCAACGUUAUUAAAAUACUAGACCACCUUUUUCAUUUGGCGGAAAAGGGAAAGGUACACUUUUGGCGGAAACGGAUAACUCCCGGUGAAUUCCUCCACCUUACAGAAACAAUGCCGUAUGCCUACUGAAAUCGCCCACCUGGUUUGCUAAACCCGUAGCAUCAUAUACAUGGAUAUAACUCUGAGGUUAUAUUAUAGGCUUAUAUUACUAUUAUAUUAUGUUAUAGCCUGUAUGAAUGUGAAUAGUAUGUUUAUGAAUUAUGAGCAAUCCUUGUAGUACACAUUUACGGCGAAAACAAUAGAUUUAUUAUAAUUGUUUAUCGUAGAACGUAGGGUUUUAUUAGGUUUUAUUGAUAAUAUUAUACGUAUAGAAACUUCAGGGUUUUAUUCCUAUCAUAUAUUCAUUAAUGAUAAAAUAAAUGAUGAUAUGCGUAUUUAAUAAAACAUGCGAAUAGUAUUUUUAAAAAUAUUAUGUAUAAAAUGGUUUUUAGUAAGGGGGACGCAACUCCCUCUGACCUAAUGAGGUCAGAUAAUGAUAUGCUUAGAUGAACAUUUCACUUCUGGUCGCAAAUUUUGAACUUACCUACCCAAACCCCUUAUUGUACACCAUUGUACCUUUACACGAUAAUAUCAUAUCAUUGAUGUUUAUUUUAUUUUAUUCCACGUGUACAUAAUAUGAGUACUGGGCCCCACUGAGAGGCUCCGUGCGGGGGGACCCAGGGUUCUAAAUCGAAUUAUAAAAAUGACAUUAUCAUUGGUAUGCGACGAUAAUAACUGUGGUAUGUGUGUUCGCAGGUACGUGAUUACAACGCUGUGCGGCGAGACGUGCAACAUAUCGUCGUCGGUGGUGGCCGUGCUGUUCUGGAUAGGUUACUUCAACUCGACGCUGAACCCGUUGAUCUACGCGUACUUCAACCGGGAUUUCCGGGAAGCGUUCAAAAACACUCUACAGUGCGCGUUCUGCAACCUGUGCCGGAGUCCCCCGUCCGACCUAGAGGCGCUCGACGCGCGACGGCCGUCGCUGCGGUACGACGACCGGACGCGGAGCGUGUACUCCGAAACGUACCUGAACCAUUGUGACCGGCGCCGAUCCAGCCAGUUCGGCAGCAGCUUAUGA